AUCGAAGCGCUCCAUUUCUCUUUUCGACCUUACGACAAACCGCAAUCAUGAGUGCCAUCAACAAGAUCGCGGCCAACAGCCCAUCGCGUGCGAAGCCCAGCGAGCUCGAGACCAGCAUUGCUGGCGCUCUGUACGACCUUGAGAGCAACACCUCUGACCUCAAGGCCGCUCUCCGCCCUCUUCAGAUCGUCUCCGCCAGAGAGGUAAGCAAUUGACAAAAGCUCUUUCUCUAGAACCAGAUUUUCGUUAUCAAUGUCGCAAUAUUUGCGACGAGAUAUCGGAAUGGCUCGCAGCCGUAGAAUCGAACGAACGAAAUGACGACGCGGGCGCCGCUGGCAGACAGCAUACAUUCAGAAACAUACAUACAUGCAUGAGGGGUUUAUAUUAGCAUACUUGAGAUACAGAAUGGAUACAUACUGCAAUUGUGGUGCUAUGCUAUGCAAUGGAUGUUUGUCGUUCGGCGGGUCGUACUUGGCUGGCUCUUCUUUGCCUCUUUCGAGAGAAUAAGUUUUGGCUGGCUUCUGCUUCUGCCGCCCAAGUUGUUGUGGACUUUCGGAAUCGGACGGGCUGCGGACCAUUGUUUCUUCAACAAACAUGGAGAUCGCAUGCUGACUUUUGAUCCUCUACAGGUCGAAGUUGGCCACGGCAAGAAGGCUAUUGUCAUCUUUGUCCCCGUCCCAUCCCUUCAGGGCUUCCACCGUGUGCAGCAACGUCUCACCCGUGAGCUUGAGAAGAAGUUCUCCGACCGCCACGUCCUCUUCCUCGCCUCGCGCCGCAUUCUCCCCCGCCCCAAGCGCUCCAACCGCUCUCGCACUUCGCAGACUCAGAAGCGACCCCGUUCCCGAACACUCACUGCCGUCCACGACGCCAUCCUCAGCGAUCUCGUCUACCCAGUCGAGAUCGUCGGCAAGCGUCUCCGCACCAAGGAAGAUGGCAGCAAGGUCUUGAAGGUUGUCUUGGAUGAGAAGGAGAAGGGUGGUGUUGAUCACAGACUCGAUACCUACUCUGAGGUCUACAGAAAAUUGACCGGUCGUGGUGUCGGUUUCGAGUUCCCCCAAUCUGGCCCUGCUGAGUACUAGAUGUGGUGCUUCAUAGUCAAAAGUCGUUGCUUCGUCGUGAAUGGAGUGGUUGGGAUGGAAGGAUGGGAUCUGUUCUACAUGGGAGGCGUAGCUAGGGCUUCUCGAUAGAUUCGGCUUGCAAAUGUCAAUGCUUGCCAUUCAAUUCAUCACGUCACAAAUCCAAAAGAUGUAUAGUACUACAUGAGACACGAGAAUAAUGAAAUGUGCA